AUGUGUCCACCAAGUUAUUAUGGUGAUUUAUGUCAAUAUCAAAAUGAACGUGUUAGUGUUACAUUAGGAUUUAUUCGAGCUGAUAGAUGUGAUGUUUAUUUUAUGAUCAUAAUAUUAAUUAAUGAUAAUCAAUUAAUAAAUAGUUUGAGUUAUGGAAUAAAACUUAAUCGUUAUUUAUUAUAUUCAACACGACCAAAAAAUAUUUCAAAUAAAUAUAGUAUUCGUAUUGAUGCAUUUGAAAAACAUUUUAUAACAUUUCGUGGAAGUUGGCAUUUAUCAAUAUCAUUUCUAUUUUUAUCUGUUAAUAGAAUAUCUGCUUUAUUAUAUAUACUCUAUGAACCAGUUCCCAUUUUAUCCAAUUGUUUCAUUAAAUCUAUAAAUAGUGAAUUUAAAUUAAGUGCUUUUAUUACAAUGAUUAUGUUUUUUGUUGGUAUUAUCAAUGGUUUUCUUUCGAUUUUAACUUUUAAAAGAAAAACUUCACAAGAAGUUGAUUCCGAAAUAUAUCUUAUAGCGUCAUCAAUACCAUCACUAAGUGUUAUUCUAUUAUUUUCAUUAAAAUUUUGGUUUCUUAUUUAUUCUUAUAGAGAUUUAAUUGGUAAACGACUAAUACUGUUUUCGAAUUGUAUGAUAAUCGAACUUUUACUUAAGCUUUUAUUAUAUAUUGAUAAUUGGUUAAAUUGUUGUUUUGCUGGUAAACGAGCUUUUUCUCCUUUUAAAGGUAUUCAUUUUGAUAAAAGAAAAAAUCGAAAAACAGCUAAAUGGAUGAUUCUAUGUGCUAUUAUUAUAAAUAUUAUUCUUUUAAUUCCUCAUAUGUUAUAUUUACAUCUAUAUGAUGAUAUAAAAGAAGAACAUACUUGGCAUGAAUAUUUUCCAUUAAGACAAGAUAUUCUUGCUAAAUAUCCUCGUACAAUAAUUCGGACAGAUUUAAUUGAUGCUCAUUUAUAUUUAAUUAAAAAAUCAUGUUUGGAUAUAGCUAUUCGUUCAAGUUAUUCAUCAUUUCGUAAAGAAUUUUUACCAAAAAUGAUUCGACAAAUGGUAAAAGGUCAAUCAAUUGAAGAUCUUAUUUCAAAAGCUCCUAAUAUAUCUAUAGUUAUUAGACAACAAGAUGAUCAUUCGGAUUUGUCAAAAAUAUUAGAACAAUAUGAUUGUGAUAAUAAACAAAUAAGAGGAGGACGUUAUUAUUUUAUUGAUGAAACAUCAAUUUUUCGUGUUAAACAUGCUCUUUCAUAUCUUGAAGCUAAUAGACAAGCCGCAUCACUCAUUUCAUCAUAUACAAAUGAAGAUAUUGCAUUUAAAGAUCGAUUUGAGCAAGUUCAAAUUAGUCCUGGUUGUGUUGUUGCUGAUGGACAUGAUAUUGGAAAAAAAACAACUGUUAAAAGAACUAUUAUUGGAAAAAAUUGUUGA